AUGCCAGCGUUCAUUGACUUCAUCGCGGUAUUUGCUCAUCCACCACGGCAAAAGGAAAUAGGCUUCAGUGGUUUCUUCGACCAAACAACUCUCUCGUAUAGACCAACCACCAGCAACGCAGCGCAGCAGUCGUCUACGGGUGCCUUGCCGACUGCAAACACAGCGCAGCCCUUGACACAAGCAGUAAAAGUGCCUCGGGGGCCAACAAUUACCGCAUUAGGACGGAGUGGUAGACAGUAUCAAAUGUGCUACAACCUGAAAAGAGUAGCGAGGAUUGACGACAAGAGUUCAAACAAAUUCACUGAUCAGGACUGGUCCAUCCAGCAGAGUCAGUUCCAUCAUCAGUUUGAUGUAGAGCAAGGAACGACAUUAUGGAUGAACGCAAAAGGCCGACUGAAAGACUACCGCGAUAAAGUACUAGAGCUCACUGGAAGUGCCAAAGGCAUUCCGGAAGAGCUCACUUUUGACACUACCGAGAACUGUUUCCGCUCCAGCCUAAUCGUGCAUUUGAUGAACUGCCACUGGGCGACGGGGGACUGGAGGGGCUACUUGAAUCAUCUUGAAAUCGCGAUCAGCUCUUUGACAGAUGAAGUCCCUGUAGGGAUAUGGCUGAACAAGAACUUCACUCCCAAAGUUCUCCAGGAUGUUCAGCAGUUCGAGGAGAAAGCAAGCAGUGCAGUCAUGGUCUUGGAGUCCAACAUGGAAGUGAUGACAGAAAUGCGCAAAUUUUACGAGAAGCUGAUAACGAAUGAUGAAUUUCCGAUGAAGGACCCAUGCGCAGAGGAUGUUCUGGCCUUUGUUCAACAACUAAACAACAUGGUCCACGCAUUUUCUGGUCAAAGACGACGAGCCAUAUUGCUAGUCGACCUAACUGGAAACAGGAAAAAUCUGCUACUCCAGAAGCUCCAAAGUCUUGCGACCAAGAAGAUGGAAGAUCUAACAACAAUGUCGUAUCGCGAGGCCAUCAUUAUGAAGGUCAUCGCCGGUGGGACAUUUAUUUUCCUCCCUGCAACAUUUGUAUCAACCUUCUUUAGCACCGACGUCGUAAAGUACCAGGGGUCCUCGAGUGGAAAGGGUGAUUUUUCGUGGGAAGCUAUGAGAAUAUGGCUCGCAGUCACCGUACCAUUGACUGUUGCAACAUUCGUCAUAGGUUUCCUGGUUUUCUACCUGGCGGAUGAGAGACGAAAGCGUCGCCUGCCUUCGUCUUACGACGAGAAGGAGAAGGAUGCGUAG